AUGGGUUUUGUUAAGAUGGCCUUACACCAGGAUCUGAUCAAGAAGACUAUUCAGGAGAGAAAAUGGAAGAGGUUGCACAAGAAGGUUGAUCUUCCUCUUCCUAAAAGGUUGGAAUCAAUUCCUUCCCCGACUUUUGGGGAUGUCUUGAGUUUACCUUUUUGGGAGCUUGGAAACUUCAUACCAAGAUCCUUUGGCUCUAACUCACCCCGAAGGAGAAGGGCUUGCCAUGAAGAUUGUGGAUGUUCCGAACGGAUCUACUCCUCAUCCAACUUGUGA